GCCAGCCAACGCAAAUUGACCCUCCAAAAUCCAAUGCCGUGCUCCUCGAAACGCCUCCCCAUCGCAAGUGCGUGAUUCCAUUCCACUUCCACGGGUCCCUCUCUCUCUCUCCCUCCAUCUGUUUGUUCUUGCGCCCCCGUGAGGCCAGGACGAGAAAAGUCCAGUCCACCUCUCAACAUUUCUCUUCCUAAUAACGAACCCUGGCCGGCCACUUCUUCUUCUUGCCUCCAUUGCGUGGGUGACUCUCGGGUCCGAGUCUCGCCGGUCUGGUUCGUCUCCCGGAGCUUCGAUCCUCCCGUGCUCGCGAAUCUUCUGGUUGAGCAUCAUUGAGAGUUGAAGAAAUCAUGUUUCAGAGAAAGCACGCCCCUCAUUUUAAUUCAGACGAUGCUGAGAAGAGACAAGCAAAGAUCAACGAACUGAGAACUGCACUUGGGCCUUUGUCUGCCCGUGCAGAGAAGUACUGCAAUGAAGCAUGCUUGGCAAGAUAUCUAGAAGCCCGCAACUGGAAUGUUGACAAGUCUAGAAAAAUGUUGGAAGAAAGUCUCAAGUGGAGGGCAUCUCACAGGCCUGAGGAUAUUCGCUGGCCUGAUGUUUCUGUUGAAGCAGAAACAGGUAAAAUGUACAAGGCAACUUUCCCCGAUAGAGAGGGUAGAACUAUCGUCAUAAUGAAACCUGCAAAGCAGAAUACAUCGUCUCAUGAAGGGCAGUUGAGGCAUCUUAUAUAUGUCUUGGAGAAUGCAAUCCUCAGCCUCCCUGAAGGUCAAGACAAAAUGGUGUGGGUGGUAGACUUCACAGGAUGGACACUGGCCAAUGCAACCCCCAUAAAGACUGCCAGGGAAAGUGCGAAUAUCCUGCAAAAUCAUUACCCGGAGAGACUUUCAGUUGCAUUUCUGUUCAAUCCCCCCAAAGUAUUCGAGGCUUUUUUCAAGGUUGUGAAAGUAUUCCUUGACCCGAGAUCAAUCCAGAAACUGAACUUUGUGUACAAGGAGAACGAGGAGAGCAUGAAGACAAUGUACAAGCACAUUGAUUCAGAAGUCCUUCCGAUAGAAUUUGGAGGGAAGAACAACGUGGUGUACAACCAUGAAGAUUACUCCAAGUUAAUGACAAAAGAUGAUAUCAAAACAGCAAGCUUCUGGGCAGCAGAUGUUAAUCAUGAAAGGAAUGGGCACUUGGUUCCUGAGGUUACACCACAAUCGUCACUAGUUGUUGCCAAAGCAAGUUGAGGAGCAUCAGCUAGCCAUUCUCGUUACAGUUCUCACUUCUCAGAGACGAAUAGAUAGAUAAGUUGAGGAAAAAUGGUAUAUGUUUGGAUAAAUAAAUGUAACUAAGGAACCUCCCUUGUGUUUUUGUGCUUUUAAAACACCAGGUAUCCCCUCCGUUCCAAAUAAGUGAUUUUCGUAACAAUUUUCUCACAUGGACAAUAAUUUCGCAAAUAAAAUACUUCCUCUGAUCCA